AUGUCCGAGGAGUGCGCGCGCUCCCUGCCCGCGCUCACGCGCAUGCUCUCGGAGCUCAGGGAGACCACCCGCCUCGUCGCGUUCGUCGCCGACCAGUUCGGGAUGGACUCGUUCGACGCCGCGCGCGACGCCGGCGUGAGCACGCGCUGCCUCUUCAUGCCCAUGAACCUGCACGCGCUCUCGCUCGUUCUCCGCCUCCCGGACCUCGCGGCGUCCGUCUCCGGCGAGUUCCGGGACCUCGCCGAGCCGGUCCAACCCGUGCACCUCGCCAAGCGCUACCGUGAGGCUGAUGCCAUCCUCGUCAACUCCUUCGACGCCGUCGAGCCUGAGGUUGCCCAGGUGCUCCGCCAGCCAGAGCGUGGCCGGCCGCCUGUGUACCCUAUCGGCCCGCUGAUACGGCAGUCCGGAGUGAUUCCACCAUCAUCUCCGCCGCGUGCGGCGUGCCUGGAGUGGCUCGACCGGCAGCCGGCCAGGUCGGUCAUCUUCGUCUCGUUCGGCUCCGCCGGCGCGUUGCCAAAGGAGCAGACGCACCAGCUCGCGCUUGGCCUGGAGCUCAGCGGGCAGCGCUUCCUCUGGGUGGUGCGCAGCCCCAGCGACGAGGGCACGCUCAGCGACAACUACUACAAUGCAGAGAGCAACAAGGACCCCUUCGCCUACCUCCCGGAAGGAUUCCUGGAGAGGACAAAGGACGUCGGUCUCCUGGUGCCGUCGUGGGCACCGCAGACACAGGUGCUUGCCCACAUGGCCACCGGAGGCUUCCUGACGCACUGUGGGUGGAACUCCACGCUAGAGAGCCUGGUGCACGGUGUGCCGAUGCUGGCGUGGCCGUUGUUCGCCGAGCAGCGGCUAAACGCGGUGAUGCUGGCGGAGGGGGUCGGAGCUGCGAUACGGCUGCCCGAGCGGAAGGAUAAGGAGACCAUCGCAUCGGUGGUGAGGGAGCUGAUGGUAGGGGAAGGGAAAGGAGCCAUGGUGCGGGUGAAGGUGGCCGAGCUGCAGAAUGCUGCGGCAGAGGGACUCCGUGACGGUGGUGCCGCCACGACGGCACUUGAUGAGGUGGUGGAGAAGUGGGAGGCAGAAGCGAACUAG